ACCAUCCCUCAUUGGGCGGCAUCUGAAAGCUCUAGUCCUGAUGGACAUUAGAGCAAGCAAGAUACAACCCAUACCCAAAUCACAGUGUGGGCAACGGGUGAGCUGAGACUGAGUGUAGUUUACCCCGUCCACCAUUUAAUAAAAAAUAUAUCGGGUAUUUGUACUUUUCCAUCCAAUGGAUGCAGCAGUGAUGAACUCCCAGAUAAUGACGGAUGUCAACGGCAACAGCAAUGCCGCGAACCCCGAACUGGAGGUGAAAAAGCUCCAAGAGCUGGUUCGGAAAUUGGAGCGGCAAAAUGAGCAAUUGAGGACGCGGGCGAACGGCUGCACUGGCAGCCCCCACAUUCUACCUCCCUCCCCGGCCUACAUGGCCGGGAGCUACUGCAUACCAAGCCCGUUACCGACGCUACUGUGCCAGUCUUCCUUGGAGUCAUUUUUCCCGUUGGACGAACCGUUCGAAUAUUUACAUUCGCAUUAUGUUGAUACUGCUCUCGACAACGAGGCUGAUUAUAUGGAACGUACGGUUCUGGAUGAGGUGGACAUUCUGGACCUAGAUGCUGUAUUCUCUCAAGAGGACUCUGAAGCUACCUGGCUGUAUGUGUCAGCCAAGGCCCGGCUGUGGGGGGAGAGCCCUGUUACCCCCCUCCAGUGGAGCAGACAGGUCCUGGACAGCCCCAGAACAGAGGUGGAGUCGGCCCGCUCACUGUGCCUCAGGUUGGACCAAGCAUCUACCUGAAGAAGGGUUGCAGUAGAGAGGUGACCGGGUCCAAUGAGAGGCCCUGAAGUGAAGGUGUGAGUGGCCAACUCUGGGAAUUUAGCGGUAACGUCAGGGUUAAUGCCUCUACUCCUGAGACAUUCCAUGGUGUCUAAUGACCACUGAGAGAGUGGACCUUGGGUUCAUGUCUGAGAGGAAGCUGUGGUGUGAAACAGUGAAUAAAUGUGACGUCUCCCACGGUCUGCGCUGAAGGUACUGUAUUAAUACUGCUCUAGUCCUCUAAGCUCUUAAUGAGAGGUGAAGCACUGGCCGCAACUGUCUGUGUGCGUCACUUUCAACAACUUAGAGUAAACACACACGUCAGCUUAAUUGCAUUUCCUUUUACUAUUGUAUAAUUGAAAAGUGUCUUGUUUUUGCACAUUAAAUCCAAUUUAACUUGGCGUUCAUAUUAUACACUUGUCAUGCAACAGCUUAUCGUUGCAUCAGUGAAGCUGCCAUUUUAUUUAUUUAACCAGACAAGUCAGUUAGGAAACAUUAUUAUUUCCAAUGACGGCCAAGGAACAGCAAAUCAGGUCCGUUUGCUGAUAUUACAACAACAUAGAAGUUACUGGAAACAACCAGGUCCGUUUGGGAUAUUACAACAACAUAGAAGUGACUGGAAACAACCAGGUCCGUUUGGGGAUAUUACAACAACAUAGAAGUGACUGGAAACAACCAGGUCCGUUUGGGAUAUUACAACAACAUAGAAGUGACUGGAAACAACCAGGUCCGUUUGGGAUAUUACAACAACAUAGAAGUGACUGGAAACAACCAGGUCCGUUUGGGGAUAUUACAACAACAUAGAAGUUACUGGAAACAACCAGGUCCGUUUGGGAUAUUACAACAACAUAGAAGUGACUGGAAACAACCAGGUCCGUUUGGGGAUAUUACAACAACAUAGAAGUUACUGGAAACAACCAGGUCCGUUUGGGGAUAUUACAACAACAUAGAAGUGACUGGAAACAACCAGGUCCGUUUGGGGAUAUUACAACAACAUAGAAGUUACUGGAAACAACCAGGUCCGUUUGGGGAUAUUACAACAACAUAGAAGUUACUGGAAACAACCAGGUCCGUUUGGGAUAUUACAACAACAUAGAAGUGACUGGAAACAACCAGGUCCGUUUGGGGAUAUUACAACAACAUAGAAGUGACUGGAAACAACCAGGUCCGUUUGGGAUAUUACAACAACAUAGAAGUGACUGGAAACAACCAGGUCCGUUUGGGAUAUUACAACAACAUAGAAGUGACUGGAAACAACCAGGUCCGUUUGGGAUAUUACAACAACAUAGAAGUGACUGGAAACAACCAGGUCCGUUUGGGGAUAUUACAACAACAUAGAAGUGACUGGAAACAACCAGGUCCGUUUGGGAUAUUACAACAACAUAGAAGUGACUGGAAACAACCAGGUCCGUUUGGGAUAUUACAACAACAUAGAAGUGACUGGAAACAACCAGGUCCGUUUGGGGAUAUUACAACAACAUAGAAGUGACUGGAAACAACCAGGUCCGUUUGGGAUAUUACAACAACAUAGAAGUGACUGGAAACAACCAGGUCCGUUUGGGAUAUUACAACAACAUAGAAGUGACUGGAAACAACCAGGUCCGUUUGGGGAUAUUACAACAUAGAAGUGACUGGAAACAACCAGGUCCAUUGGGGAUAUUACAACAUAGAAGUGACUGGAAACAACCAGGUCCGUUUGGGGAUAUUACAACAUAGAAGUGACUGGAAACAACCAGGUCCAUUGGGGAUAUUACAACAUAGAAGUGACUGGAAACAACCAGGUCCAUUGGGGAUAUUACAACAUAGAAGUGACUGGAAACAACCAGGUCCAUUGGGGAUAUUACAACAUAGAAGUGACUGGAAACAACCAGGUCCAUUGGGGAUAUUACAACAUAGAAGUGACUGGAAACAACCAGGUCCAUUGGGGAUAUUACAACAACAUAGAAGUUAACUGCCUUGUUCAGGGGCAGAACAACAGAUUUUUACCUUGUCAGCUCUGGGAUUCGAUCUAGCAACCUUUCGAUUACUAGUCCAACGCUCUAAACACUAGGCUACCUGCCACCAUUUCAUCAGUACAAUACAGGUAACCGCCAAAAUAAAUGGAACAACAACAUAAAGUGUAAUACUUAUAAAAUGUACUUUUAUCCCUCAUACUAGUGUUUCCUUUAUUUUGGCAGUUACCUUUAUUUUACUACAAUAUAUUGCUGUAAGGAUCUAUACUAGAUGCCCGUAUAUUAAUUCCACAGUAGCUGUAACUGCAGGAAAAGCCUUCCACUGCUUUCACACUUGACCUACUAUCUGCCUGUUGCUACGUUCACAGGGCCUCCCUCGGCAACCAGAGGGGUAACCAUGGUUACCGUGUUUACAUGAAAGGCACCUCGCCUCGACGCUCCUAAGUGGUUUAUAUUCUCAGUGACAGGUAUAACAUAACCCCACUCUAUCUGGUGCAGGGAUAUAUGCAGCGCUGUGUUGAACAGCUCACAGUCGAACCACCACACAGAGAGAGAGAUGAUUUGCUUUCUCAGCUCUGCAACAUUUAUUAUUCAUUCUUCUCUCUCUUUGUUCUUUUGAUCCACCACAUCUCCUCUCGAUAGAUUGCUGGGAUAUUUGCUUAGCGAAUGUUCAUUAAUGUAGGUCUCCUCUGAAUAUAUAUCAGAUGGAGUGUGUGGUCGCUGCUCCGUCCCUGGUUCUGGCCCGUGCUGAAUGGGUGUGUUGAGCAGUGUGUGUGUGAGGUUGUGAAUGCAGCUUUGUCUCCUGUGCAUUGGACAGCAGAUGUGUUCCCUGGCUGCUACUGAAUAGUGGUUCUGUGACUGUCACAGCAAUGUGACGCGCUGGGUGUGAGGUAAACAACCGCUUCACACUGCUGACCUCUGUUCCUUGUGAGGGGCCCGGAAAGCACUGACAGCUGUGUGUGUUUUUGGGGUCCGAUAGAGUAUGACAUUGCCUUUUCCCCUCCCUCCCUCCUCCUACCUCCGUAGUCCAUAGGUGGCGGGGGGUCUUCUCCAGCCACUCUUCCCCUGCCCUCCCCCUGAGACGUGUAGCUGGAGUGUCCCCCCUCAGUGCCUCGUUCUCCAGGUCCUGCCCCACCCCUCCGCCCGCUGACAGACCUGGAAACCUCUGUGCCCUAUUGAGUAGAAUCAGGUCCAUAUUGAGCAGAAAAAUCCUGGGCCUUGUUGAGCAGAAACUCAACACUCCUGAUCAGUUCACCAGCUUCAUUCUCCUCACCCCUCCAUCCUCUCCUCCACCUGUCCCUGACUCCUGUAGGGACGGCUGAGAGAAUUCCCACAUUCCUCCCAGCCAAUCGCAGCCGCAGCCUCCGCCGGUUCCUCCUCAGCCCCCAGUCUUCCAUGGACAGUGAGCUCAGUGCCUCAGAGCUGGAGGAUGACUCCAUCACGCAGGGAUACAAACUGCAGGACCUUGUUGAUGUCCAGGUCAUGGCUCGUCUGCAGGAGGACAGUCUUCGUCAGGACUACGCCACCACCUCCAUCAACCGCCGCAGCGCCAGCUUCUCCUUCCUCUCCCUUCAGCACAACGGCGAGGCCGACCUGGAGGAGGAAGAGGAUGAGGAAGAGUACGGGCAGCUACCUCCUCCCCAGCCCCGUCUGACCCGUGUGGGACCCACCCUGCAGCGCGGCCUCUCCCACUCCCACACCUUCUCCAGCAUACGGGACUGGAGGAGGAGCACAACCAGCCCCUCCACUCCUCAGUACCCCUCCGGAGGAUUCUCCUAUCAGCCCCCACCCCUGGCCAGCCCCACACUCAGCACCUACACACCCGAACAACAGGGCUUCAGGCCUGGAUCAGUGUUCUCCUGUUCGUUGUCUAUUGGACUCAACCCUGGCCCUCUGCUUAAAUAUAAGCUGCGGAGGAGCAUGCCCAACCUGUUCAGGGCUCCCAGUGUGCCUAGCCCACUGAGCCCAGCCAAUCACAUCGUCUCUCCUUCCACCCUUCGGAACAGUCUGAGCUUCGACUCGUCCAAUGGGCUGGCCAGCAGGCUACAGUCCUCCAUCCCUUCACCCGGUCAGUUGCAGAACAGAGUCCAGAGUGUGGGGAACUUCCAGUCGUUGUCACGGCAACCCCUCAAAGCCACAGCCUACGUCAGCCCCACUGUGAAAGGGCCAGUUACCAUGCCGACCUCCACCAGUUUGCAGUCCCUGAGUGGGAUCCCCCUCCCCAGUAAACCAGCUGUGGGGGUUGGGGGCACUCCUACACCCCCCCGGAGCAGCCUGCCCCGCCCGGCCUCCUUUAUUGGGACCAGCUCCACCCCUCGAAGCAAGAUCGCCCAACCCACACGCAGUUUAUUGACGCCUCCUAAGAGCUUGUCCACCCUGAGUGCCCUACGAGACGGGAGCUGGAGAGAUGGCUGCUACUGAGAGAGGGAUGAAUGGGGACAUGAAUGGAGAGAUGAGAUUUCGGAGAAGAGCUGGCAAUGUAGAGAGACCCUGCUGGUUGGGGUCACUCACUGCCACACAAAGUGUUAUUGGGGAAUUGAGAAGGCAGGUCAACCAAACUAUAGGGAAUAACAACCUUGUGUAGAACGCCCUCAUGAUUGGGUAUGUGAGGUGUGGUCAGCACUCAGUCAAACAUGCAUUCUCCACCUGUCCAAUUUGGUCUGUGCCAAGGGGAAUCCCCCUGUUGAUAUGUUUAUGCACUAACAAGUUUUAACCACAUUAUGGUUACAUUAACAUACUAAAGAAAGAGCUGCCACUUUAUAAUAAUUAAGCCACAAUUUGGUUUUUCACUUUGGAAUUCUGAUUAAUAAAAGGUGUAUUUUCUCUUAAUGGAGAGCACCAAAUAUGCUGCUAAAAAAAGUCUAAAUCACUCCCUAUUGUCUGGGUGUAUUUGGUCUAAUUUUUACAUGGCAAUGUAUAUUUAAACAAAUCUUUUAUUUAUUAUCUUAUGAUUAGUGUAGAGACUAAAGUUAACUUUCAGUGUGCAUUGUUGGGAUGCUGAUCGUAUUGAUGCAAUAUUCUUCAUGAUUUUUUAUUUAUUUUUUAAAUGUGAAGCAUAUUAACCAAAUUACAGCUAAUGUCUGAAUCUGUUUACAAAAUGUCUCACCAAGACAGGGAAAUGACUUCAAGUUGUGUUUUGGACACUUUUUAAACUAUCAAGAUUCACUGGCAUAUCUAUGAAAUAUUUGUAAUUGUUGCACUGAUUGUACAGGUGUGAAUUGAAAAGUAAUUGUUUUUGUUCAUUUUUUUAUUUGUGAUAUUGCACUUUUAUGGUUAAUUAUAAUGUGGUUGAUGAAGAGCACAGGGUAGAUGUUUUGUCUUUUGGGAUGAAGGAUUACUUUUUAAAGAUCACUUACGUAGCAUUCUGUCUGUUAAUCAUUUUUUUCAGUAUUUUAAAAAAGCAGGUUAGUCUUCAUGGCACAUAUCACCAUCUCUUUCUCAAACAUUUUUGUAAAUUUUAUUUUUUACUGUAUUUAAUUGAACGAGUGUAGUUGUUUUAACAAAAAUUAAAGAUUUUGAAAUGCUAAGUA